GAAUGUAACGCAUCACCUUCCCGGCUUUGGCCUUUGUCAGGUAAUAACCUUACGCCAUCCCUUUCCUCUGAUCUUUCCAGCAAUCCUUCUUCCGAUCUGGCCUUAAUCUGUUUUGUCGCCUCCUCUCAAAUGGCGCGGGCGCUCUUAACUCACAAUCUCCCUAUCCUAAUUUCCUUCAUAUGUCUGCUAUUCAUUCAUCACGUCGUCGUUUCUAAUGGAAUUUCAGACGUUUCAAAUGAAAGCUUUGUUUUUCUCCCCUCACCUAAUAGCACCAACGACGGGGAUCGCAGUACCAUGUUUCUCCCGCUUUUUCCUCCUAAAGAAAUCUCCCGACCACGCGAUGAACAACUCUCCCGUCGACACCUCCAGAAAAGCCCUUCAAGUGCUCGUAUGCCUCUCCACGACGAUCUCCUCCUUAACGGAUAUUAUACGACUCGUCUUUGGAUCGGAACUCCACCCCAGAGUUUUGCUCUUAUAGUUGAUACUGGCAGUACCGUUACCUAUGUCCCUUGCUCUACCUGUGAACAGUGUGGCAACCAUCAGGUUCCUUCAUUUCUCAGCUACAUUCUCUCUUUUAAUCAUCUAGUUACUAUAUUUAUUUUACUUCCACAAAAGUAUAGUAUUAAUCUAAAGUACCCAAUGUUAGGUUAUGAGUCAGGAGAAGCUUCUAUUGGACAUAAAACCUCUGCUGAAUUCAAGCUUAAUAUACUAUUAACCCUUGUUUUCGUUACCAUCAUUUGAGAAAGAGAUAAUGGAAAAAGAGAAACCUCAAGCUUCAGAUAUCUUACCAUUCCGUUUACAGCACUGGCUACUGAGUAAUGAAUAAACAAAAGGAAGAUUGGUUAGUUUUGCGCUAGGUUUUAGUGUUAAUGGAAUUUUUGUUCUUUGGGACAGAUUUUGAUUAGUGUUGGUCUAUUAGGGCUUAUUGUGGUUUCAUUCUUUGUUUACGUUGUGUGUGGGUGGGGGAGGGGUGGG